CUUGCUUUGCGUCGUCUGUCGGUUCCCCCCCGCCUCCUUCUUUCUCUGGGUGGUUUUGUCAGGUUCCUGUGUUUAGUAUUCUUACCUGUGGAUUGAUUAGGGAAUUGCCGCGAGGUACCUCCCUUGGUGUUACCUGCGCCCUCCGAGCGACACUUGGUUGUAGUGUUACGCUCUUCUCAAGCUCGCCUUUUUACCUUCUCAUCAUUGCAGCACAAUUGCAGUGUCAUCCAGCACAAAUAGCACCAUGUCGAUCUUCGGUCAAGCACAAACACAGGCCCCCGCCACAGGCGGACUGUUCGGUCAGCCUGCCGCCGCAAACAAGCCCAGUCCCUUUGGCGGUGCUACCGGAGGUGGUCUCUUCGGAAAUACAGCCACGACAAACACGACGCAAAGUACCACAGGCGGACUGUUUGGUGGCGCGACGCAGACACAGCAACCGGCGGGUGGACUUUUCGGCGGUGCUGCGACCACACAGGCUCAGCCGUCGGGUGGAUUGUUCGGUGGUGCUACGACCACGCAGACGCAGCAGCCAUCUGGAGGAUUGUUCGGCGGCGCUACAAAUACGCAGACUCAGCAGCCUUCUGGUGGGUUGUUCGGCGGCGCGAUUCAGCAGAAGCCAGCUACCGGUGGUCUUUUCGGAAACUUGGGGACGCAGCAGCCCCAGCAGCAACAACAACAACAGACUGGAGGGAGCUUGUUUGGCCAGAAACCUCUCGCUGGCAUGCUCGGACAACCGCAGCAGCAACAACAGCAGACGCAGCAGCAGGGUGGUGGUCUGUUUGGUGGAUUGGGUCAGACGCAGCAGCCUCAGCAACAGCAACAGCAACAGCCGAGUCUGUUUGCAGGGUCUCUGCUAGGAGGUCAGCAGCAGCAGCCUCAAUUGGGCCAGACUCAGAUGGGACAGACUCAAAUGGGCCAGUCGACGGCGCAGGGGUCGAGUUUGUGGGAGCCGGGUCGCGCGGUUACAGGAGUCCAUCGCACUGUGCCGAUGCAGAUCCAGAUCGUCAAGGACAAGUGGGAUGCCUCCAGCCGCUCCUCGCCUUUCCGCGCGUACUUGUAUAACAACGUUGGAGAUGAGAUGGCGCCGUUCUACCAGCCCGGUCCGGAGGAUGACGACACGAAAUGGGAGGAUGCGCUGCGGAAGCGGCCUGAUACGGGAUACGUGCCCGUGCUCGUCAAAGGCUUCUUUGAGCUGGGCAAGCGCGCGCAGCGCCAGAAGGACUUUCUCACCAUGAUGCAGACGCGUCUGCACGAAAUCAACAACUGCCUGUCGGAUCUACUCUCUCGACAUGACCUGAAGAUCUCGGUCAAGAUUGCGGACUGCCGUCGGAAACAUCUUGUGCUUAGCAAGCGGUGCCUGGCGCUUGCGGCCAAGACUCAGGUGCUGCGGAAUCGGGGUUACGCGAUGGAUGACGCCGAAGAAGAGCUGAAGAAGAAGCUCAGCCAACUGGAGCGGUCCGUCUUCGACCCGUCUCUGAACGGUCGGGGCGAGGAGGUGUGGGCGCGCAUGCUGGCCAUCCGGGAGCACUCGCGGCGUCUACAGCAGGAGAUGGAGCGGGCAGGCCCGAGCGCGGCGGCACAGGCGGAUGAUGAGCUGGACGAACAGACGAUGAAGACGGCCAAGAAGAUCUUGGACGACUACCACACGCAGAUCCAGCACCUGCAGAAGGAACUGGAUGCGGUAAAGAAGGACUUUGAGGAGGCGCAGAAGCUGCCGGGUAUGAAUCAUUGAUGCAUGGUUAUUGAGUUCAUAUGAGGGUCUGGUUUGGCUGUUUGGAGCAAGGAGUUUAUAGGAGCUGGUAUCCACACAUUUCGACGUGGUUAAUAGAGCAAGUGACAGCUGGUCAUUCGAGAUGUACAAUAUAAUACAUAAGCCUAUUCCAUGUCGCGAGAACCGAGCGAUUACAGGAACUUCCUGACGAAAUCGAU